AUGGUUCGAGAAAUGCAUACAUGCAACGGCAAUUUUUUUUGCACUCCAUGGUAUCAUUUUGCAUUUUAUGCAUAUCAUACAAAUUAUAAUGGUCAAUAUUCAGGUUCAGCAUUAACAACAAGUUGUUGUUUUAUAUUUCAUUCAAUGUUCUAUUUUUUUCAUCAUUUUGAAUUAUCUGUUAUUGAAGUACAAUUUGUUCAUGUACUUGUUGAUCAAAAUCUUAUAACACAACCAUCUUCACCAACAACUGAAAGAGAAAAUGAAGAAGAAACUUUACCACCACUAACAACAUCUUCUUGA